AACAGUUCAAACUCAAACUUCACACGCACGCUCAUCAAGCACUUUUCCUUCUCACAAAUUCACCUCUCUCUCUCUCUCUCUCUCUCUCUCUCUCUCUCUCUCUCCUUUCACACGCACACACGCACACAAAUUCGAUCGACCAUGCCUCCCGAAGCUCAGAAUCCAGCGGCGCCGCCGCAUCGCCGCUUCGACUAUGAUUCAUCUAGGAAAGCGAAGCGCUCCAAGCGCGUCUCCGACGACGAGUACAUAGCCGGCUGUCUCGUCGCGCUCCGGAGCGGCGGCGAGACCUCUUCCUCCGCCGCCGCGGCGAAAUCGCCUCGGAUCUACAAUUGCAGCGUCUGCGGCAAGGGCUUCUCGUCGCACCAAGCUCUCGGCGGCCACAAAGCUAGCCACCGCAACAAACCGGCGACGGUCGGCGCGGCGGAGAACAAACCGUCGAAUUCGACGUCCACCGCCACCACCGCCGACGAUGAUUCAAUCGCUGGUCCCCACAGGCUUCACAACUGCUCCACGUGCGGAAGGAGCUUCCCCAGCGGCCAAGCUUUGGGCGGCCACAUGCGGAAGCAUUACGGCGGCGUAAUCGGCGGAUCUAAAAGCGGCGUGAACUCUUCUGACGGUGGUAACGGUGAAGGAUUCAGCGUUGUCACGUCCUUCUCCGGUGGUGGCUUGACCAGCUCCUCCUACGGCGACGGCGACGGCGACGUCACGCGCAAUUGGGAAUUGAAUUGGAUAUCCGAAGAAGGACUUGAUUUAACGCUUAGGUUGUAGAGUUCCUUUUUUUUGGGGAUUUUUUGGCUCCUGACAAUUUAAUCUCUUUGUAGCACUAUAGAGAUUGAUAUGUUGUUUAUAAUUAAAUAUUUUCAUGUAGUGUUUUAUUUUCUAUAUUAUGUUGCCUUUAUAAAUAUAAUAAUGAUAUAAACACAAAAUUUUCUUA